GUGGAGGAUUGUUUCAUAGAAAAGAGAAAAAAGGAGAAGCAACCAACAAACAAACGGACAAACAUAGCCAACCAAUAAAUAGCCUCGUCUUUUCUCUCUCUCUUCUCGUUUCCAUUUAUCAUCCCCAGGGGCUUCCCUCACUUCUAGGGUUUCCAUGGUUCUCUAGGACUAGCACCAUUUCCCUUCCAAAGGGAUAACUCAAAAAGAUUUGAUCUUUCAAACAUUUCAUGGGCAUUGUUUGAGUUUCUUUCUUCACCCAUUAUCUGGAGCUUUUCCAAUUUCUCUGUGGAGGUUCCGGAGAUGGAGGAGGUCAAGAAACCUGAAACUCAUAUGACAUCAGUUGCAGCUUUUGUGGAAGGAGGAAUUCAGGAUUCGUGUGAAGACGCUUGCAGUAUUUGCCUUGAGGAAUUUUGCGAAAGUAAUCCUUCAACGGUGACUAAUUGCAAGCACGAGUAUCACCUCCAAUGCAUCCUUGAAUGGUGCCAGAGAAGCUCUCAGUGCCCCAUGUGUUUGCAAGCUAUCAGUCUGAAGGAUCCCACAAGUCAAGAAUUGCUGGAGGCAGUAGAACGGGAGAGGAAAAUCAGAGCUGCUACACCUAGAAAUGCCGCUAUAUUUCGUCAUCCUACACUUGGGGAUUUUGAAUUACAACAUGUACCAGUUGGUGCAAGUGAUUCUGAUCUUGAAGAGCGUAUAAUCCAGCACUUGGCUGCUGCAGCUGCUAUGGGAAGGACCCACCACUUUGGUAGGAGGGAAAGCCAAAGAAAUAGGCAAUCUUCCCAUGGUCGUCCACACUUCUUGGUAUUUUCUACUCAUCCUGGUGCACCAUCUUCUGGUCAUGUUUCUUCCUCAAUGACUCAGGUAGGAGGGGGAAAUGAACCAGCUACAGCUGCUGUUGCUAGUCCAUCGGCUCCAAUUGCAUUUCAUGAAGAUGAAUUGCCACAACAAACUGUACAAUUUCCUUUUGCUGUAACGGACCAUAGUUCAUCUGCAUCUGGAUCUACCAUCAUGCCUACAAAUCGUCAAGGAAUGUCCUUUAAUAAUCGUGCUGCUAGCCAUUCUUCAUCACCUAAUCAAGACAGAGGAGGACCAUCAGAAUUUCAGUCAUUUUCAGAGUCUUUAAAAUCUAGACUUAAUGCAGUGUCAAUGAGAUACAAAGAGUCUAUUUCAAGAAGUACAAGAGGGUGGAAGGAGAGGUUGUUCUCUCGUAACAGUUCGAUGUCGGCUCUUGGUUCUGAAGUCCAGAGAGAAGUGAAUGCUGGAAUUGCAAGUGUAUCUCGUAUGAUGGAGCGCCUUGAAACCAGAGAUAGCAGUAGAGGUAACCAAGUCUCUAUACCAACUCGUCCAACUGAUUAUUCAGUUGCCGAAAGGAGCAACCGGAAUAAUAUUGACACUCGCAGACAGAGCUCUUUAAAUGAAAGCGAUACACCGGCUUCUUAUGCUGCAAGCUCAGCUUCUACUUAAAGUUGUUAAUGAUUGUUUCAGGGUAUCUAUCCUCAGCAUUUCAUCUUUGAAGGUUGUAAACUGCUUUUCUCCAAAUAUGACAUGCUGAGGAAAAGAUACUUCGUAUUACAGGCCAGGAGGUGAUCAUUCGCCUGAAACUGAAUAAGAGAGGUAGACUGAUUCAUGAUGUUAUCUAUGUAAAUUUGUUUAUGACACCCAGAUUUGUUUCCUAGGUGGAAAAAUUAAUUCAAAAAAAAAAAAAAAAAAAAAAAAAAAAAAAGAGACAUCUGCUCAAAACAUAUAUUUGAACUAAUGUAUGGAAUGUCGAUGGUUUGAUUGUGGCACGAUUUGAAUAGUAAUAUAUCUGAUCUUGUAUCAAAACUGAUUGGAACACGAGAAGUCUUCUGAGACUGAAUGGCUUUUAUAAGGUGGCAAUAUCAAUAUGCAUGGUUAUUCCAA